UUGUCAAGAUGAACUAUACAGAGUCCAGCCCAUUGGCAGAAUGGGCUACAGAAGGUUUUACAUCUGAGUUUGAAAAUAUCAUACCCGUGCCUUCCAAUAUCACCACUUGUGAAAACUGGAGAGAGAUACAUCAUCUGGUUUUUCAUGUAGCAAACAUCUGUUUUGCAAUUGGAUUGGUUAUUCCAACCACACUUCACCUUCAUAUGAUACUUCUUAGGGGAAUGAUGACCAUAGGGUGCACCCUUUAUAUCGUCUGGGCCACUCUCUUCCGAUGUGCCUUGGAUAUCAUGAUCUGGAACUCAGUGUUUUUGGGUGUCAACAUGUUACAUCUUUCCUAUCUUUUAUAUAAGAAAAGACCGGUGAAGAUCAACAAGGAGCUCCAUGGCAUCUACCGGCGAUUGUUUGAACCACUCCGGGUGCCUCCAGAUUUGUUCAGAAGAUUAACCGGACAGUUUUGCAUGAUUCAGACAUUGAAAAAGGGCCAGACCUACGCUGCAGAGGAUAAAACCUCGGUUGAUGACCGUCUGAGUAUUCUCCUGAAGGGAAAAAUGAAGGUCUCCUAUCGAGGACAUUUUCUGCAUAACAUUUACCCCUGUGCCUUUAUAGAUUCUCCAGAAUUUAGAUCAACUCAGAUGCACAAAGGUGAAAAAUUCCAGGUAACCAUUGUUGCAGAUGAUAACUGCAGAUUUUUAUGCUGGUCAAGAGAAAGAUUAACCUACUUUCUGGAAUCGGAACCUUUCUUAUAUGAAAUAUUUAGGUAUCUUAUAGGCAAAGACAUUACAAAUAAACUCUACUCACUGAAUGAUCCCACCUUAAAUGAUAAAAAGGCCAAGAAACUGGAGCAGCAGCUCAGCCUCUGCACUCAGAUCUCCAUGCUAGAGAUGAGGAACAGCAUCGCCAGCUCCAGCGACAGUGAAGACGGCUUGCAUCAGUUUCUGCGGGGCUCCUCCAGCGGAUCCUCACUUCAUAUGUCCUCCCCACACCAGCGCGCCUCAGCCAAGAUGAAGCCAAUAGAAGAAGGGGUGGAAGAUGACGAUGAGGUCUUUGAAUCUGUGUCUCCAAAUACACUCAAAGCCCGUCAGCUGCCUUGAUCAGGGAGACAAUUGGAGUGACUGAGAUGGAAUGGGCUUGAAGAGAUCAUGACAAAUACCAGCACUUUCUCGUGGGCUUUUAGGUUAUUCUGUUUUAGCACAUCCAAACUAGCAGGGUCUGAGGGCAGGAACGGAGGGAAGGGUUGAGGUGGGAAGGUCAUCCUCCUGAUCUUUUCUUUGGUCAGCUUUUCAAAUAGUUCAUUUACUGAGCCCUCCGACCAGACCUCAUUCUAUUUUGAGAUCAUAUUUCACAGU